CUUCACGAAAUGAGUUCAAGUAGCAGAGCGUGGAUCGUGGCAGCUAGUAUUGGAGCAGUGGAAGCAUUGAAAGACCAAGGCGUCUGCAGAUGGAACUAUACUGUAAGGUCAGCCGUGCAGCAUGCCAAGAACCAUCUCCGGUCUGCUUCACAGGCCAAGACUCUCUCUUCUCAAUCCUCCGCUGCAAUUUCCCAAGGACUCAAGUCUAAACAAUCUGAAGAGUCUCUGCGGACGGUCAUGUACUUGAGCUGUUGGGGUCCCAACUGAACCAAUUCUUUACAGCAAAUAUCCUUUGAGUGAAUUGGU